CCUCCCUUCGCCUCCCACUCCCCCCAGUCCUCUUCGCUGUCAUUCCCUCGUCGCAUUUCCCCGGACUUACUCCAAAUCAAAGCGCUUGCUAUUAGCAUUUCAUUCACGCUCUUUCUGCCCCCCGAUCUCUGGUUCUUCUCCUCCAAACCUCUUCCGGCGCAAACCUACAUUCUUCGCGGGUUCCUCUUGAUCCGCGCACAAACACUCCCGGCAUCGACUGCCUCACCUCACCACCAACACCACUUCGCCAACUAUCCAACUCAUCUUCACUCCUUUGUCAUUUCAUGUCACUCAUCCCUGGGGAAUACCCAUCUCCGUCGCGCAAGAUGUUACUCCCAUCUGCGCUGCCUAGCGACAUGCCACAACAGUCGACUCAGUCGCAUCUCGCGCCCAACCUACUAUUCAACACUCCACCCCCCACCGAAGAUGAUCUCUUCCCAUCAGGCAAUGGCCUACUGGGAACCAGUCGCGCCCUCCAAUCCCUUCUCAAUAUCUCUCCUGCUUCGAUCCCCCGUCGCAAGACUCCUCCGCGUCUCCUCAGUCCCCUCCAGCUACGAUCCCCUCCUCCCUCCCGGUCGCAAAAGCGAGUGGCCCAGAAAGACUUGAACAACCUCACGCGCUCCUCCCCAUCACCCUGCUCUCCCUCCAAACUUACGCGUCGUGCGAACAAGCGCAACCGAUCUGCCUAUGAAAUAGACCUCGACUCGGAAAUUGAGGAUCGCAAACCCUCCAAAAAUGCCAAAUCGCGCGACCGUUUCUCUACGCCCAAGCGUCGCAGACAAAUCCCCAAUGAUCUACCACUAGGUCUUACCCAGGAAGACUUCUACUCGCUUUAUUCACCCCCGAUCACACAGUCGCCUCUGUCGCCGGCGCAUCGACCGCAAGAAGAUCUGAGCACAAGUGAAGUAAACCCUCUGGAAACCUCACUACACAAUCCCGACGCGCCGCUGCCGUCUAUCGAGACAAACGAUGAAAGCAUAAAAUCCGCGUCACAUGAAUUGACGCCAAUCGAUGCGUCGCCUUCCUGGGUCGCAGAGGACGAUCGACGGCUAGUGAACUUGAUCCUCGAAAGAUAUCACUUCUCCGAACAAACCCUGGAUGACUGCGCCAGAGAACUGGGCAGAAACCACGAAUCCAUCAGACACAGAUGGCAAACUCUCCUAGGUCAGGGGGAGAUAGGCUUGCGACGAGGAGCUAAACCAGACCCGCUGGGGACCUAAAAUGGCCUCUUUCCGUUUAUUCCUCCCUGUGUCUACCGAUGAAUAUUUUCGUCCAUUCAUUAUUGCUUACGAUACCGACUCUACUCGCUUCUGAACUUGCGCCUUUUUAAACCGCCAAUACCCUGAUAGCAUCGCUCCGCUACCUGUAUUAUGACUUUGACUUAUUUGGCUCUCUUGUUUUACUACUUUCACAACUCACGGGCUCAUGUACGAUACGGGAUAUGGAUGGAUUUAUUUUUCUUCUUCUUUUCGUUAGGUGUUACUUUCGGGGAUUUCAGAUUGUGUUAUUACUACCAUUUACCUUACCUUUAUUUCACGGUGCUGUGUGUUUUUGUUUCUACAUUUCCGGGGUUACUUACAUUAUGUUUGUCCCAUCCAUCUAUCCACAUUGAUCAGAUUCAAUGGAUGAACGGAUAGAUGGGAUAUGGAUGACCAUACUUCGGGUUUUUUCUUUUUUUUUUUUUUUUCUUCUUCUUUUUCAUGUAUCAUAUGAC